GCUUGGGAGGCUCAGCUCGGGGCUGCGGCUGCACUUUGGGUACAGCAGCCACCCCCGUGAGCCCCACCUGUGCUGGCCUGUCCCCGAGGGUCAGGUGCAGGGAGGGCGCGUGCCUGUGUCUCGCCAGCCAUCCUUCCUGGAUGCUGCUCGGGCGUGUUGAAACUCGGCUGUGACACAGCCGCAGUGUUGAAACAAGUGUGUGUGCAUUUCCCAACAUCCUGCCGGCCCGUCACAGGACUGGGUGUCGGCCCCGUGACGUCAGGGCAGGGUCCUCUGUGCUACCUGCUCCUGGUGGCUUCCCCAUGGACAGAGGGGCAAGUGAAGGCUCGGUGAGGGUUGAGGCAUGGGACGUGAACCCCAGGCCUCCGAGUGCGAGGGGCGGGAAGGGAGGCCAGGGGCCCAGGCCUGGCUGUGACGCAUGGCCCUCGCGAGGGUGGUCUAGGGUCCGGCUUUGCUGCCAGCUCCGCAGCAUGAACUGCUUCCUGGAGCUCUGUGAGGGAGAAGGUGGGAUGAAGGGCCGGCCAGGUGUGAGCAGCCUGUGACAGUGGCCCUGGCGGCCAGGCUGGCUGCCGGGUCGUGCAAUUGUGGCCUUAGCCUGGGGCGGGGGUUGGGGGCGGCGUGAUGUGGGUCUCCCCACACCAGGCGCGUGUUCCUGGGAGGAAGCUGAGGUUCAAAGCUGCCCAGGACCUUCCUGGGGACAGCAAGGACGCUGCCCCGACCAGGACUCUGCCCUCCCGUCCAGGAGCAGCUGGACAUGCCCACACCAUGUGACCUCGGUCAGGGCCUGUGCUUUGCGCUGUCCUAGGGGCAGAGCUGGGCGGCCAGGUCCAGAGCCUGGGUGAGAAGAUGUUGCAGGGAGCCGGAGAGGGGUUCAAGGCCCGUCCCCUCACCGGCUGGGUGCAGGCCCGUGAACCCUAGGAAACACGUGAUGAGGCCCUGCAUGGGCGUCAGUGUCGGCGAAGAAGGGUACACCAGUGUUCUGGACGAGGAAGCCGGACCCCGAGGGGACCGGGGCGGGUCUGGGCCCUGCAGCCAGGCGGCCACUGCACCCUGGUUUCUGACUUCUCCAGCCCGGUGACCUCCUCGCCCCUCAACUCCCCGACGGGCCGGGGCUCCAUGGCUGCGCCCUCCCUGCACCCGUCCCUGGGGCCGGGCCUGGGCUCGGCGCUCGGCUCCGCUGGGCAGCUGCACUCACCCAUCAACGGCAUGGGCCCGCCCUUCUCGGUCAUCAGCCCUCCCGUGGGCCCCCACUCCAUGUCCGUGCCCACCACGCCCACCCUGGGCUUUGGCACUGGCAGCCCCCAGCUCAACUCGCCCAUGAACCCUGUCAGCAGCAGUGAGGACAUCAAGCCCCCACUAGGCCUCAAUGGCGUCCUCAAAGUCCCCACCCACCCCUCGGGAAACAUGGCGUCUUUCACGAAACACAUCUGCGCCAUCUGCGGGGACCGCUCCUCAGGCAAGCACUAUGGCGUGUACAGCUGUGAAGGCUGUAAAGGCUUCUUCAAGCGGACGGUGCGCAAGGACCUGACCUACACGUGCCGUGACAACAAGGACUGCCUGAUUGACAAGCGGCAGCGGAACCGGUGCCAGUACUGCCGCUACCAGAAGUGCCUGGCCAUGGGCAUGAAGCGGGAAGCCGUGCAGGAGGAACGGCAGCGAGGCAAGGACCGGAACGAGAACGAGGUGGAGUCCACCAGCAGCGCCAACGAGGACAUGCCCGUGGAGAAGAUCCUGGAGGCCGAGCUGGCCGUGGAGCCCAAGACCGAGACUUACGUGGAGGCGAACAUGGGGCUGAACCCCAGCUCGCCCAACGAUCCGGUGACCAACAUUUGCCAGGCGGCCGAUAAGCAGCUCUUCACGCUCGUGGAGUGGGCCAAGCGGGUCCCACACUUCUCCGAGCUGCCCCUCGAUGACCAGGUCAUCCUACUGCGGGCAGGCUGGAACGAGCUGCUCAUCGCCUCCUUCUCGCACCGGUCCAUCGCCGUGAAGGACGGGAUCCUGCUGGCCACGGGGCUGCACGUGCACCGGAACAGCGCCCACAGUGCAGGGGUGGGCGCCAUCUUCGACAGGGUGCUGACGGAGCUGGUGUCCAAGAUGAGGGACAUGCAGAUGGACAAGACAGAGCUGGGCUGCCUGCGUGCCAUCGUCCUGUUCAAUCCCGACUCCAAGGGCCUGUCCAACCCGGCGGAGGUGGAGGCGCUGAGGGAGAAGGUGUACGCGUCACUGGAGGCUUACUGCAAACACAAGUACCCGGAGCAGCCCGGCAGGUUUGCCAAGCUGCUCCUGCGCCUGCCGGCCCUGCGCUCCAUCGGGCUCAAGUGCCUGGAGCACCUCUUCUUCUUCAAGCUGAUCGGGGACACGCCCAUUGACACCUUCCUCAUGGAGAUGCUGGAGGCCCCGCACCAGAUGACCUAGGCCGCCCGCCAGCCCGGCCCUCGCGCCCGGCCCGCCUGGACGCCAGCCGCCCAGCUCGAGCCCGUCCCUGCCAGCCCGCGUGGACCUCCGCGGCGGUGCCCUUGGCGUGUCGGCCCAGCCUGCCCGUGGCCCGGGAUGGUGGCCGGAGAGGCGAGAACUGGCCUGAGGCCCAGCCGUGGCUCCCAGCCCCAGGGUCGGGCAGCUUGUGGAGUCACAGGGUGGGGGAGCCGGGGGCCGGUGUCUCUCGCUUUGCCGCUGGUGUCCGACACCUCUGGGGGCCUGCUUCCCACCUUGGGGCGGGGGCCUGGUCUUGGCCCACUCAGAGCACGGGUGCCCGCCAGGUGUGAGGAGGGGGCACGUGGUGGCAGGUGUGCCUGGUGGGACCGCCGCCCACCCCACUCCAGGCCAGCAGCCUCCCUUUGCUCAGAGUGGAGGGGAACGGCUGAAAGGCAACUAGACGGGACCCCAUGUCCCGGGGCUGCCCCUGGCGUCAGUCUCUUGGUUUAGCUUUUCUCCCCGCACAUGCGCCCCUGUGCAGCCUGGGGUGCCCAGGCUACUGUGCCCAGGCGUCUCCCGCCCGAGGUCUGGCCAGACCUGGCAGUGUGUCACGGGUGGAGACAACACGGCUGCUGACCAUGUCGUGAUCGCACGUGGCAGCCGUGGCCGCGGGGUGGAGGGGGCUGCGGCCAGUGGCCAGGUUCGAACCAGAGGCCCUGGGCCCGGUGCUGUCGGGCUGACGGCUUGUGCUCGAACUGUUCCUGGGGUUUUUCUCACGCCCGUGGCGGCCCCAUGUGGCCCGUGCCCUCUGUGGCCUGUCCUGUGCCCUCCGUGCCAUGUGGCCUGUCUCAGGGUGAACUCGCCUCUUGCACAGAAGGCCCCGGCUGCCCAGCGUCCUGCCGCAGCCCAGCUCUUGCCACGUGGGGUGGGGUCGUCUCCCUCUCCUCCAGCUGCUGCCCCCCUCUGGAUGGGCAGCUCCCGGGCGGGGGCGUCCUGUGGGCUGGGGGAGUUGGGGCGGCAGCAGAGGAGGGGCGAUGUCCUGGCGUCUGGGGGUGUCCCCGAGCCGAGCUGGCCUGAGGUGUGCGAACCCCUGUCGGCCCUGUCCUGAGGCCACGUGGACUCCCGUCUGGCCAGCUCUCCCAGCUCCCAGGAUGUCUGGGCCUGUGGGGCGCUGAGGGGACAAGUCAGACACGGGCCCUGCGGGUCCUGCCAGCCACCGACACCCCAGCCCGACCCCGGUGCCUUCUGCAGCCGAACGCCUCCGAGCCGCUCAGUGUCGGCGUGCUGUGCUUCUGGGGCGGGGGGCUCCGCCGGCCGGCUGACCCGCUCCGUCGCGGUGGCCCGCCAAGCUCUCGGGGCUUUGGCCAUCUCGCCCUGGGCCCCGGUCCCUUGGGCACACAGCCCCUGCCACCCCGCACGGCCAGCGUCCCCAUGCUUCAGCCUGAUCUCGCCAGCCCUGUUUCGUGGGCGUCGGCCGUGGCUCGCCACGUGGUUGAGCCAAGUGUGGGUUUUAUUUAACCAGCUCUUCGCUACUGCUUCAAUCUGAUUCAAAUAUGGUGAUUCUUUUGUAAUUAGUAUUGUUAUUAUUGUUAUUUUGGUGGGACAAUCUUUAAUUUUCUAAAGAUGGCACGCACAUGGAUGUGUCAGACUCAGUCCCUGCCCCCCGUGCCCGUGCCUCUGGGGCCACCUCGUCCCAGCUGCCAUGUCUGGGGCACCUGCAAAGCCAGGCUUCCCUGGCCUUGGCCUGCAGGGGGACAGGCGCUGAGUUGGCAGGUGUGUACGGGGCAUGGGCCUGGGUGUCGGGCCUGUGUCUCGCGUUUAUUUUUAAUCAAGAAGACUUCCCUUCCGUUUUCCUGCAAAUCCCUGCCUGUUGGUGAGUCCCUGCGGCCCCCUCCUCGGUGGAGCCCCCCGCUUCGGACCUGCGGCCCCGGGCGAGAGAACGCAUCUAUUUUCAGAUGCUUGGCGGCGGCGGGCUCUGGGAGCCCCCUCCCUCCCCAGCCCGAACUUCGGCAAGGACGGCAGAUCAGAAAGUGGAGACGGGAGGAGACGUCUGACACACCGGGAAAGGUUAAAAGAAAAAAAAAAAGAAAAAAGAAAUCUAUUUUUGUACAAAUGUAAUUUUAUCCCUCGUGUACUUGGAUGAUGCUGCCGGUCAAGGCCGAAGCUCCCUGCGGCAGGUGCAAGAACUCGGGCACCGCCUGCCCGCCCGGACUCCCGCCGUGGCCUCGCUGCCGUGUCUGACUGUGAAGCCACCUCCCCACGCGGCUUCCCCACGCGGCUUCCCCAGCAGCUGCCAGGGCCGGGCGGAUAAGGGACAGAACCGCGGAGCAGCCGAGCGGGGAGGGAAAGUCUGGGGAGGAGAAACUAAAUAUGAACGUUUCAAAAUAUA